CUGGCUGCCAUCGCGUCCGCCAGCAUCACGCCGUCCAACACGUCGACGGUCAACUCGAGCUACUUCCAGGGCACACUGCCGCUGCAGGGCGCCGAUGGCAAGGAGCUUGCCGCGCUGGUGCCGCUGACGCGCCAGGGUGCGCAGCAGUCGAUCGAGGGCAAUCUGUACCGCACAAAUGGCUCCACGGUGGGCAGCAUCGCGGACGGCGAAAUCGCCUUCAUCAGUUGCAACCCGGCCGACUACCCUGGCUACGUCGACGCGCAGGGCCUCUUCAGCCAGGCCUACGAGAACGGGAACGCAAACAUCUCGGGCGUUGUCCUGUACAGUACCGUGACCGACUACUGCGACUACGGCGACGACAACGGUAACAUGCAGGACUUUCCCGUGCUCUCCAUGACCAACAAGACCAGCUCGGCCGCCGUCCUCAACCAGAUCGACGACCUCGCCGUCCACAUGAAGUUCUUUGUCCAAGUUCAGGCCCGUGGCAUCAGCAACAGCAACAGCGGCGGCAGCAGCAGCAGCAGCAGCGGCGGCAACGGCAGCAGCGACCAGCAGCAGAACCCCUUGGGCCCCUCGCCCUCGACGGCCGUCGCCAUGAUCAUCCUCUACAGCAUCACCGGCAUCAUCACCGCCCUGUUCCUGGUCAUCAUCCUGACCGGUGCCAUUCGCGCACACCGCCACCCGGAGCGCUACGGACCGCGCAAUGUGCUGGGCAGGCCCCGCCAGAGCAGGGCCAAGGGCCUGGGGCGAGCCAUACUGGACACGAUACCCAUCGUCAAGUUCGGCGAGAAGGAGCCCGCCAAGCCAACAGACGUCGAGCUGGGCUCCACAGGCGAGGCGAGGAACAUUGACGGCGUAGACAACACUGCUGCGGCUGCGACUGCGACUGCGACUGCGACUGCGACUGCGACUGCCUUGCCCGCCACCGCCACGACGUCGACUGAAGCGGCGAAGAACGAGACUCUGGCAGCCCCUCACGAGACGACACGAGAACCUCCCGCGGCUCCCGCGACUUCCGCCCCUCUCGCCAUGUCAGAACAGCCCGAAGGCAUCUCUGCCGCCAUUGCCCCUGCGGUACUUGCCGGCGCCAGCACGACCGAAGCAGUCAGCGACGACACGCUGGGGUGCUCCAUCUGCACAGAAGACUUUGAGAAGGGGCAGGACAUCCGGGUGCUGCCUUGCGACCACAAGUUUCAUCCCGAGUGUGUGGAUCCUUGGCUGCUCAACGUCUCCGGCACAUGUCCCCUCUGCCGAGUCGACCUGCGCCCAACGAAGACCAACGAGUCCAGCAACUCGCAGGGCGACGAGCUUGCACCGCCCCUGAACCCUGAAGCCGAGUCUUCACACCACCGCCGUCCAGGACUCCGUGACAUCCUCUUCUUCCGUUCGCACCCUGAUGCCCCGGCCGAGGAUCGAAUAGGCGCCCUGCGCCGUCUGCGCGAGCAGCGACGCAAUCAGAGCGGCGACGUUGCCGAGGACAAUGCCAACGCCAGUGCCGAAGACGUCACAAGAGGCGAUCGCCAUGGCACACGUAUCAGCACAAGGUUGAGUGAUGUCUUCAGUGGGCGAACUCGCAGAGGCAACAGUCCUUCGCAGCCCGGCGGUGCAGGUGGU